AUGCCAGUGAUAUCUGAUUCUCUUAUAUCAAUGUGUAAAAUUCCAGAUUGUGGAGUGUUUUGCUAUGGAGACUGGCCACCAUCCGGCAAAACUUUAAUCAUCACUAACGAUAUAGCCCGAGCAUCGUUUUGGUUCGAGCUGUUCCGAUGUCUUCCGAUAUCGUCCAGGGAGCUGGUUUUAAUCUCUGAUGACACCGGGGAGAUUUCAGCAUAGCUGAGCCAAAAUGAGGCUCAGACUAUAAGCUAAUAAUGCAACUUCCAACAGGCCGUCCAUGUUGCAAUACAAAAGCUCUCAUGUAUAAGAACUCUAUCUAUGUUUUUGGAGGCUAUAAAAACAGAAUAGAAGAAUCAGAGUUUGCUUCAGAGUUUAACUUGUUAACUUCAAACUGAAAAGUAUUAACUUCGAUGCCAAAACCCUCCACUGGAGUGUACUCAUUGCCUUAUGACGAAGAAAUACUAUUAUUGGGAUGCAAUCAUGAUAAGCUGUAUAGCUAUAAUAUUCAAAAAAAUAGUUAUAGAGAGGUUACUGCAAUGGUCAAGGGUAAAAGAAGAGUUCUGUUUGGGAUUGGUAAAUUAGUCUAUGUAAUUGAAAGUGAGGGAAAUAUUCUGAAAAGUGAAGGAAACCUGAUAGAAUGAAGCAUUAUUGGAUCUGGGAGCGCAUUUCAGCCGCAAAUAUCGUAUAUCGAGCUUUAUAACGAAUCAUUCUAUUUUAUGGAUCAAACGUGUUUGUUGUAUCAGUUUAAGCUCAGUGAAGAAAGGCUAAGAAUAGUUGAUUUAAUUGAAAAAGAAGGAGAAAAUGCUUCAACAGAAUUUCAUUAUUUGACUCUUUAA